AUGAACCUCUCGAGCUCCAAAAUUCAUAUUUCUCUUUCGAAUCAAUAUGUUGAAUAUUAUGAAGAAAAAAAUUUACAGGAUCCAUUAAAUAGCUCAAUAAAAAAAAAUGACGUGAAAUUUUCAAGUGAAGAAGAGGAAUCUACCACUGUUGGGUAUGCCCGGGAUGACAUCUUCACUGGUAGAUGCACAGAUCAUAAUGCAUACAUCGAAAAAAAUGAAAAAUGUGAAUACCCUAAUGCCAAUGCGGAUGAAUACCAUUUCGAGAACGAGAAAAAGAAUAACACUACGAAGGAAUUAUCACCAAACCAUGUAGGUCAUAGUGAGAUUCAGAAAGAACAUACAAAAGAGACAAUGCCAAAAUUAGCAUUGCCACAUUCAUCUUGUGGAGGUAUCGAAUUACGAGAAAGGAAAAGUGUCCAUGGAAAGGUCUGUAGAUCUAAACGCAUGUUAUAUGGAAAGAAUCACAAAAUUAAGGGAAAGAUAUCACAAAAAUUAGGAUUAAAUAUUUUGAAAACAAUACACAGCAGGAAAUCCAGCACAUAUUGUUUUAUAAGCAAAGCGCUUAAGAGAUAUUUAAAGGUGAGAAUAAGAAUGUUACAAAAAAAAAACCACAAAUGUGUAAGUAAAGAAAAUAUAGCAUCGAGGGUUGUUAUACCCAAGAGAGCAGUACCAUUAUGUGUAAGAGAAGAAGAAGAAGAAUCAGAUAAGAAGAAAAUCAAAGAAGUAUUCUUGGAAAGUGUAAAAUGGAGUGCAGAAGAAGACAUGGAUAGGAACAAAAAAACAAAUACAAAUGGGAAGAUAGCAAAGGAGGGAAAUAAAGAUCUUCGACAACUCCCCAACAAACCACAUAUGAAUAAUUAUGCACCUACCAACAAUCAUUUACAUAAUAUCUGCACUGAUGAAAAGAAUAUGAAAAUGAAAAAGGGAAUAAAACAAAUUCUGUUACUCGCACCAAAGGCAUGCAUAAAAAAUCGUGGUUUUUUCAUAUGCAGCAAAAUGAUAACAAAGGAAAAAAUUAGAAAAGAGGAGGAGAAAAAAAAAAAAAAAAAAAAAAGACAUGAAUGUAAACCUAUCAAUUUAAAAAGUAAAGAUACAAUGAACCAAUACUCAACCCAAAAAACGAGGAAAAACACAGAUUACAUUAGAGACAUUCAAACAAAUUUCAUUCAAAAUAGCAGUUUUAUGCACACGAAAAAGUGUGAAUCGUUGAUCAAUCAAAUGGAUGAAAAGAACAGGGAAGAAAAGGGUAUUAAUGUUCCCACAAUUGAAGGAGGUAUAUGGAGAUAUUUAGAAGAUAGUUCUAAAAAAAUAAAAGUUACAGAUGUGAAUUGUGGAAUAAAUAGAGCAUAUAUGACAACCCUUUUGAGAAAAAGAAGAAAAGAAAAAAAUACCAUUGUCCAUGGGAUUAGUAAUAGCGAUGAUUAUAAUCACAGCAUCAGCAGACAAAGGAGAUAUGAUGAACUUAUCUCUGAUGGUAAACAAAUCGAAAAGAAAAAUCCAAAUGAAAGUAAAUCGAAUAGAAAUACGAGAAACGUGGUAGAGACUAUUUUGACAAAUCGGAUAAUGAACAAUGAUGUAUGUAGGGGAAAUGAAAAUUAUAAAAUUUAUGAAUUUUCACAAAAAAUGAAGCGACAUAAUGAGGAACAUAACAAGGAGGAAGAUAUAAAUGAUACAGUCCUUAUAGCAAAGUGUAAUGAAAGAUGUUCAAAGGAUAAGAAAAGAGAAAGAGACAAUGUAGGAUCGACGUUAUUCACCAAUGGAAUAACGUCUCAUAAUGAUGGCAAGAUGAUGCACCAAAAAAAGGUGAAUGAAAAAGAAGAAAACAUAGAUACUGUCAUAAAAAAACAAGGAAAAAACAUUUUAAAUUGUGAUAAAUAUAUCCACAUUGAGGAGAACGAAAUGAAAGAAGAAGUAAUACAAAGGGAUGGGGGAAAUGAGCGAUGGAAAAGAAGAAAAAAAAAAAAUGAUGCCGCUGCUUCUGCCGCUACUACUGAGAUUGUACGAAAAAGCCAACUAAACUUAAAUGAAUAUCUCAUAUUGAAAGAAAUAAAAACAAUACAGAGCAAAGAAGUGGUUCAGUUGAACCUUGAUUCAUCCUUCUUCGUGUCAAAAGGAGCAGGGUUAUAUAACUAUGGGCAAAAUAUCUGUUUCUUUAAUAGCAUAAUACAAACCAUUGUAAGAAUUCCAUAUAUUUGUAAAGACUUAAUGAACAAAUUGCACUCCCUAAAUUGUGAAAAAAAAAAAAUCCAUGUAUUCUGCUUUUAUUGUUUAUUUGAGCAAUUCGCAUGCAACAUAAUAUCCAAGAAAAGUGGAAUCAAGAAUAUGCUAAUUCCGUAUAUCAAAAAAUACAUUUGUAAUAGUUACAUUGUUGGAUAUCAAGAGGAUGUGCAUGAAUAUUUGAGAUAUUUUUUAUGCUCAUUAGAAAAAUCGUCCUUUUCUGCAUCUAUAUAUAUACAAAAAAUGUUCACAGGGGUUACGAAAAACAUAACCAUUUGUACCAAAUGUAAUAAUGUAUCAUUAAAAUAUGAACAAUAUUACGAAUUGUCAUUAGAUAUUAGCUCAUCAAACAAUUUAGAGGAAGCAUUAAAAAAACAUUUAUCGAAAGAAGUUUUAAUGGGUGAUAAUGGAUACUACUGUGAAAAAUGUAGGAAAAAGAAAAAAGCCACAAAACAGUGUGUUAUUAAUAAAUUACCAAGAGUACUAACAAUACAAAUUAAAAGAUUUUUCAUGAAUUCCAAAUUCCACAUUGUUAAAAAUCAUAAACAUAUUUCUUAUCCAUUACAGUUAGAUAUGAAGACUUAUGUAAAUAACUGUGAUUUAUUUCAGAAUGAUUUUAACAAUAAUGUUAUAUCCUUGUAUGAAAAGACCAAUUCAAAUUCCUCUUUCCAUCAAAAUGCAGCCCUCACCCGUGAGCAACCCUUCGCACGUACUUCACACGGCACAAAAGGAAGAAGGGAUAAUCUCACUGUUGAACAAAAUGGUGGGCAAUAUGAUGCUAGAAGCGACAUUCAGCUGGAUAUGCAAAGCAGUGGAAAGAGCAAUGUUGAAUGCUGGAAAAGUAGGAGGCUAAAGAAUCAGGAAAAAAUCAGGUGGAACAACACAUACGUGCUAAAACAAGUAGAACAUAUUUUUUCUGAACUAAAAAGAGAAGUAUGCAAAAAGAAAAUAAAAAAAGAACUGAGUUCAAAAGAGUUAAGAAACUUGUUCAUGGAAAAAAAAAAAAAAAUUAUAAAAGAAUUGAAAAAAAUUAAAUUUUCAAAAUUUUAUAACGACAUUCUUUUAAGUAUAUCAAAAGACAUGGAAACAUUGUACUAUUAUAUAAAAACCAAUUAUAAUAGAAAAAAUUUCAGUUUGAAUAGUGUUCUUUUUAAUUUCAAUGUGGAGCACUAUCAUAGGGAAGACAUACAUGAGUCGUGUUUGGAGUCAUGUACUUUUCAUGACAAACAGGAAACAAAGAAAAGGAAAAAUUCUGAGCAAAAUAUAUGCGUGUCCUACCAAGAAGAAGAACGAAAAUAUGGGGAAAAUUGUCCCAAAGGUUGUUCUAAAAAGUGUCAGUUGGAUUGUUCUAAAAUGUGUCAGCUGGAUAGUUCUAAAAAGUGCCAGCUGGAUUGUCCUCAAAACGACUUCAAGAGUUGCCCGCAAAAAAGAGCUAGCUAUUUCGCAUACGAAUUAACGGGACUAAUUAAACACAUAGGUUCAGGAACAGAAUACGGACAUUACGUGGCACUAACAAAGUCAAAUAACAACAUAUACCUACUCUGUGAUGACAACAACAUUUCAUAUAUUAAUAAAAAGGAUGUAUUGAAUUGUGUAAAAAAUGCAUAUGUUUUUAUAUACACAUGUAUUCAUCCCGAAUUUAUUGACUUUUACAAUAAAUAUGUAGAUGUACUGGAAAAAAAAAAAUUCAACAUAAAUUUGCCUGUAUUUGAAAGGCGAGUAGAAUUUAAGGAACGUAUAACCAUGCCCAAGCAGAAGUUUAUUAGCAGAUCCAUGUACAUUUGA